AAUACUGAGCUCGAGAUUUCUAUUUACUUCCUUUUUGGCAUUGUUAGUUAGAGAGGUUUUUUGUUGUUGUAAGCUUCCUGUUAAUUAUGGGAUAGAUAACGAAUUUCCGAGAAAGACUAGGUGUAUCAGUUCAUUAUCUUGUGUGAUUGUGAAUAUACUUUUCCAUUACUUUGUGUUCUGGCGGGGUUUUUUUUGCGAGAGGAAGUGAGAGAUGGCGUCAGAUAUUACAACGGAGCCGGAUUCUAUAACCAACACCACUGCUUCACCUACAACAACCAUUACCACUACCACUGAAUCAACGACGGUACCGACUACCACCAUUAAUGACGAUUCAACCACUUCAGCACCACCAAACGUAGGCAUGGUUAUCGGUAUCACCAUCUCCGCCACUCUCUUUGUGUUCAUCGCCUUAUUUGUAGCACUAUUUUUGCGAAGAAAGUAUCUAAGGAAAAAGAAGAAACCCCUACCGAACCCACUUCCAAAUCCUGAUGAUAUUGACAAAAUAGCCUUGGAGAAUAGGAGUAAAAAGGUCAAGAAAGGCAAUAAAAAAGAGAAACACACUUAUGAAAAGGACCCCACCUCAACACUCUCUGUGGAGCCCGAGGCACCGUCGUGUCCGGCCUUCAUGGCACCAGACCCACCAUCUAGUAGCUCUGUGGAUUAUGAAAAUGCCCCUUCAAAGAGAAAACAGAAGGAGCUUAAACUAAAGGCUAGUGAGUCUAUCUCUAGUAAUGGCACAUCAGAACCGAAGUAUGUGAACGCCAAGAAAAAAGGUCAGAACAAUGAAGACGUUGAUGAAUAUGUGGCCCCGAAAAUGAGCAAUACCAGAUUGUACUCCACCGGGGAGGGGGCAGAGUAUUAUGUGUGUGAUAAUAAUAAGGCCACAGCAAAAUCUAAAAAAGGUUGGAAAGCCCCACCGCGAAAUCCUCUCGAGGAUAGUAUUACUUCAACAUGCUCUGCAUUGGACUAUGUGAAUAUGCAGAGUCCGUGGAAAUACCUUGAAUUGGUCCCUGAAUCCAAACCUGUCGAUGAGCCCCAAGAUUUGUAUGAACCAAUGAAUUCAUAAGGAUUGCUGAAGUUUGUAUCGUUUUGAAUACGAUAUAUAGCGUUUGUUGUAUGUCUAAAAGAGGAAAAAAUCUGUAUUGAAUAGGAGAAUUAAUUUAAAUUAUCGAAAUGGAAGUGAGAUUUUGGUGGUUAAGUUCAGUUUGUGAACUUUGUGAAAUGUGUGUAAAAAGUGACCAAGAAACUACUGAUAAAAUUGCAUUAUUUAUGAGUAGGGUCUGGUAUACAACUUACGUUGUAUGAAAUAGUUUUCUGCCCUGUUAUAGUGUUUUAUUUGAAACAGAAAGAGGCGGAGUGGAAAGAAUUGACUUAACACAAGUAGUUGUAAAAUUUAAGCAUGAGAGUGAUAUUUAAGCAUACAUGAUUUGGUAUAUCUAGUCCAAUGGUUUUACAUAUGGAUGUAUUCUAGCUACAUUUAACUUAUAAAUACAUGUUUAAGUGUUUAUUUUAUAUUUUGUUUAUUUUUGAGCUUGUUUACGCGUUCCGUGCGUCACUUCCGUAUGUGUAAAUUACCAGUACAAACAGUAAAAAGUGCGUGCUUUUAUGUUUUAAGAGAAAAUUUACUAGCAUCUAUAUGAAGAAAAUAUUUGUAUAGAUAAAAGAAAA